AUGCAACCCAACACGCUUUCUCUCCUGUUCGCAAUUACAUGUGUGACUGCUGCAACAAAUGGCGCCUCGAUUGACCCGGCUCUCGAAUCUCUCUACUCAGUGCCCACAUGGGUCGUAGAGGCAAUGAACUCCGCAGAACCAACUGCAUGGGCUUCUUCUUUCAGUGUUCAAAAAUUCGAAUCCACAAAACUUGCUGCAAUCGGGUCUUACGGGAGCACUGCCACCCAAGAUUGGGCCACAUUCACUGAAUCUUCUGCUACUGCUACCGCUACCGCCACAUCUACAUCUACAUCUUCUUCCUCUUCCUCUUCGGGUGCCAGUUCCAUUUCCGUCGCUACUGGCGGAGCCCCUUCUGCGACUGGGGAUGUCUUGCUGGGGCUUGCUGGUGCAGCUGGAAUCUUGGGCCUUGCGAUUGCGCUUUGA